AUGAAUACCCUCGUCUACAACAUGGCCCGGAGUGGGUUCAUCACCAUGCCCUACCCAGAAAAGGACUGCUCGGGCAGUGUAGUCGUCGUUACGGGUGCCAACAGCGGCCUUGGUCGCGAAGCAUCGCGUCACUUUGUGCGCCUCGGGGCCGCCAAGGUCAUCCUGGGGUGUCGCAACCUCGACAAGGGCGAAGAAGCCAAGAAGGAUAUUGAGGAGACGACGGGAAAGAAGGACGUAGUCGAGGUCUGGCAACUCGACAUGGCGUCAUUCGACAGCGUGCGCGAGUUUGCCGCGCGUGUCGACAAGUUGGGUCGCUUGGAUAUACUGGUCGACAACGCCAGUCUGCUCAUAUUCACGCGCGAGAUGAUCGAGGGUCAUGAAUCUACGUUGACUGUAAAUGUCAUUUCCACAUUUCUGCUCACGAUGUUGGUGCUGCCUAUCAUGAGGCGCACGGCGACCAAGUUCAACCUGGUUCCCCAUAUCGUCGUCGUGUCAUCUGAUGCAGCCACCGCGAGCCCUCUCCCGGAGCGUGAGUCAGAGAACAUCUUCAAAGCGCUGGAUGCAAAGACGGACGUGCUAGAGCGUUACAAUGUCUCCAAGAUGAUGCAGGUCAUGGUCACGGCAAAGCUCGCUGAGGCCGUUGAUGCAUCAGGCAAAGGCCACAUAAUCGUCAACUGCCUUCACCCUGGCUUUUGCGGCACACAACUCUUUAGGCGAUUCCCGUUCCCGUUCAACUUGAUCUUUAAGCUUGUCACUGCUUUGUUUGCACGGACAGCCGAGAUGGGGUCACGAACCCUGCUCGUCGCAGCGUUUGCGGGAGACGAGACACAUGGACGGUUCAUGUUUGAUGCCAAGCUACAUGAACCUCCUCGCAUCAUGCAGGGUGACGAAGGAGAGAGAUUGACACGGAGGGUGUGGGAUGAACUGGUGGAGAUUCUCGAGGGGAUCGUGCCUGGUGUGACAAACAACAUCUAG